AUGAAAAUCAAAGAUCAAGAAGUUAACUAUUUAAUAUUAUAUGACGAAGAAAAACGUGCACAGUAUGAUCAAUGGAGCACAGAACGCAAGGUAUUCUAUACAAAAGGAGGUCCAACAGGCACAUGUGGAUUUCCUGGUGGCAGUGAUGCAAAUUAUUGUGGAUUUUCUGGAUUUAGUGAAGAGUUGUUUAGCAGUAUAUUUGACGGAGUUAAAACGGGUUACAGACAACCUUAUACAACUGGAUCUGAUAUUGAAAUUUCUUUUAUGGAGUUGGUGAAAGGAGCUAAACAAACUGUUGCUAUAGAAACAAUAGCUUUUUGUAAAGCGUGUAAUGGUCUUGGUACAAAAAUAUCACCUGGAAAUAGAUGUCCGACAUGUUCUGGUAUAGGUAUUGAAGAUGAACAAAAAUCAAAUCGAUUAGACAAGACAAAUUGCAAAUAUCGAGCAAUUAUAGAUGGUUAUAUAGUAAUGUCUAUGAUAGAUGGCAAUGUUGAAUUAAAAGUUCCCGAGGCUUCACAAUCUGAUCAACAUAUUGUAUUAAAAACGUGGCAUAAACAAUGGCAAUUUCCAAGGUGA